GGAAGUGCGAGCCUAGAGAUGGAGGGGGAUCGGAAAGUGGAGCUCAGCGAAGCCCUGGCUCUAGGGCCGGGCUGGCGCCACGCCUGCCACGCGCUGCUCUACGCGCCCGACCCCCGCAAGCUGUUCGGCCGCAUCCCGAUGCGCUUCGCUGUGCUGAUGCAGAUGCGCUUCGACGGGCGCCUGGGCUUCCCUGGCGGCUUCGUGGACGCGCAGGACAGCUGCCUGGAGGACGGACUGAACCGUGAACUGCGCGAAGAGCUGGGCGAAGCGACGUCUGCCUUCCGUGUGGAACGCUCCGACUACCGCAGCUCACACAUCGCGGCCAGACCGCGCGUGGUGGCCCACUUCUAUGCCAAGCGCCUGACGUUGGAACAGCUGCAAACUGUGGAAGCCAGGGCACCUCAAGCCAAGGACCACGGGCUGGAGGUGCUGGGCCUGGUGCGGGUACCCCUGUAUAUCCUGCGUGAUGGUGGGGGAGGCCUGCCCGCCUUUCUGGAGAAUUCCUUCAUUGGUGCUGCCCGGGAGCAGCUACUAGAAGCCCUUCAGGACUUGGAACUUCUGGAUCCUGGUACUAUUGCAAAAGUCAAGAUCCCAGAUUCUAAGUAGGAUCGGACCAGCGUGGACCCCUGGAACCCAGAGGGCCUUGGUUUGAGGGAAGGAGAGAAAAAGGGAGGGAAGGGCAAAUGGUUUCUCUUUGGGGUCUGAGGGGUUGUAGAUGAUGCCGGAUUAACAACAGAGAUGAAUAUGCAACGUUUUCAAUGGAGGACCUUGUCUGGUGGCAUUAGGGAUAAAAGGCCUUUCUUUGUAGUACCCAGAGUCCUUCCUUAUACAUGGACAAACAGCCUGGAAGCUCCAGGUAUGUAUGUGUGUAGUGUGUGGUACACACUGCCAUCCGUGCAGUUUAACCAUGAUGUGGCAUUUGGCACAUCCCACUCCUUCCUGGUAGAUGGGAGGACUUCCUUCCCGUGUGCUGCAAGGCUGCUGUCCAGUGUCCUGCCCCGCCCAUGCCCGUUAGGGAAGCAAAGGAUGCUGGUUCUCUCUGAGAAUCGCCCUGGGGCUUGAGAAUUGUUACCUGGGGCUCGAGCAAGGCAGUGGGUUUCAGAAAGUGACGUAAGGGCCUACCCAGCCCUGCAUUCCAGCUGAGGGCUGGAACCCCAGUCAAGGGCUUCUUGGGCUGAACUGAGGCCUGAGUCCUCAGUCCUGAUACCCGUCUUCCAGCGUGUUCAUCUUUGAGCUCUCUUUGUCUCUGUCUAGGCUGCUCUGCCAAAAAAAUAAAAAAGAGGCAUCUGGUAGAAUAGGCUGAUAUCUGGUCCUCCAAGCUCCUGAGCUCUUUCAAAAGGUACAAGUUAAUACUUGCUCAGUGGUGGGUACGGUGACAGAAAUGGAGACCCACUGCUCUUGUCUUUAAGACUUUAAGACUUCACAGUGAGGAGUAGGCACACAGCGUCAUGAAGAGCACUACACAGUAAAAAGUUAGAAGCUUUGCCAGUCACCUGGUGUCUGGGGGAACCCUUUAACCCUGCCAUGUCAAACUUACCUGACAGUGUUUAAAUCCAUGGUCAUUGAGUCCCAAUAAAACACCAAUGAAAAAGCA